AUGCAAUGGGCUCAGGAUGGCACAGCUCAAAUCUCUAGUCAGCUCAAGAGCGGCUACAAUCAUACGGUGUCAGCUAUGUGGCAAGCAGAGCGGCAAAUUCACAAAUCAAUGUUCAUCUAUCCUGUUUUCUUGUCUGCCGAUCCAAACAUGGAAGAGCCUAUUCCAGGCCUUCCUGGCCAGUACAUACGAGGACUGAACAAACUGUUACCUUUUCUAUCCGAAUUGGUCUUGAAGGGUCUUCACUCAGUAAUUUUAUUCGGCACUUUGCUCAAUAUUCACACAAAAGACAACAUCGGCUCGAUGGCAGACAGUAUUGAUGGUCCUAUCAGACCCGCCAUUCCACCCAUUCGCCAAGCCUUUCCCGAGCUAUAUGUUAUUGCAGAUGUAAGUCUUUGUGAAUAUACGGACCACGGACACAGCUCAGUGCUCUUCGAAGACGGCACGGUAGACAAUGAGGCAACCAUCGCGCGCGUCUCCAAUAUGGCACUGUCUUUCGCCCGGGCCGGUGCCAACUGCGUCGCUCCAUCAGACAUGAGUGACGGUCGUAUCCGCGCAAUCAAACUCAAGCUCAUCGAGGCCCGACUCGAAGGAAAAGUCGCCAUUAUGUCGUAUUCUGCAAAAUAUGCCAGUUGUCUCUACGGACCUUUCCGUGAGGCUGUCUCGUCAAAACUUGUUACCGAUGAGCACAAGCGCUACUUGUUGCCGCCUCCCGCUCGUAAACUGGCUCAUAAGGCCAUGCUCCGCGACAUGAAUGAGGGCUCUGAUAUGAUCAUUGUCAAGCCAGGCUGGGCUGAUAUAAUUAGCGAUGCCAAAGGUAUAUCUAACGUGCCAGUCGUAGCCAUGCAAGUAUCUGGCGAAUUCGCCAUGAUUCAUGCAGCUGCCAGUGCUGGUGUUUUUGACCUGGAGACCAUGGCUCUUGAGACAACCGAGGUUAUUGCUCGCGCCGGGGCUGAUGCUAUUAUCAGUUAUUUUACUCCGGGCUUUCUAGAAUGGUUGGGUUGA